GCUAUAUAAACCCGACUUUAUUAAGCAGUUGUCAUCAAUCACUUGCCAACGUUCACUCAAGAAGCAACCAAUCAACCACAAACUCAUCCAAAAUGUUCAAAUACGCCGUUGUUCUCUUCGCCCUCAUCGCCUGCGCCGCCGCCAAGCCCGGUCUCCUUGCUGCCGCUCCAUUGGCCUACGCUGCUCCCGCCGCUGUUGUGGCCGCUCCAGCCCCAGUGGUGACCGCCACCAGCAGCCAAGUGAUCGCCCGCAACUACAAUGGCAUCGCCGCUGCUCCAAUUGUUGCCGCCGCCCCUGUAGCCGCCGCUGUGGUUGCCCGUUAUGCCGCAGCUGCCCCUCUGGCCGCACCAUUGGUUUCGUCACACUACGCCGCUGCUCCUUUGGCUGCUCCACUCGUCACCCGUUAUGCUGCUGCUCCUCUAGCUGCCCCGCUUUUGUGGUAAGAACAGACUGCUGAACGUUAGAAAAGACUGAUAUGUUUACCGUUGUAAAAUAAAUGCUUAAUGUAUUCCGAAGAUAUAAUUGGUUACUGAUUUGGCAAACUAUAGAAAACUUAAGCAUUUACACUUAAGAGCAAGAGAUCCUGAUCUUAAGCAAUGAGAGGAUAGCCAUACUUUAGCUUCUGUAAUAUUGGUGAUUUCAAUUUGUGUGUCAAGCUUACCAAAUAUUAUCUCAAGUAGUUGGUGAAAAUUACUAAUGCGUUGUGGCCGGGUGAUAAGAUACUUCACAGACUACGUCAAACUAUAUUUGAAAUAUUUCGGAAAUCAAAAUAAAAUUAAAACUAAGUAUUUACUA